AUGGAAGUCUACAUCGAUGACAUGCUUGUCAAGUCGACACGCGAACAAGAUCAUGUCUCCCAACUCAAAGAGUAUUUUAAAAUCCUGAACCUGUACGGGAUGAAACUCAACCCGACCAAAUGCACAUUCGGCGUUGCGUCCGACAAGUUCUUGGGAUACCUCGUCACCGAGCGUGGGAUCGAAGCAAAUCCCAAACAGAUCACAACCUUCCUCGAGAUGCCCUCCCCGAAAACUACCCGAGAGGUGCAGAGGCUAACGGGGCGGAUUGCCGCCCUAAAUCGCUUCAUCUCAUGGUCUACAGACCGCUAUCUCUCAUUUUACCAAAUGUUGAAGGGCAAUCGGAAGUUCGAGUGGGAUGGAAAGUGCGAGGAAGCAUUCCAGGAAUUAAAAAGGUACCUUUUCGAGCCUCCUGUGCUCUCAAAGCCGGUGGACGGGGAAAACCUCCUCCUCUACAUUGUUGUAUCCGACUCUGCAGUGAGGGAGUACUGGUUCGAGAAUAUGAGGGGGAGAAGAAAUCCGUCUACUACGUCACUAUCGAUUUCCUUAAAACAAACUGCCGCUCCUUUCGGAUCGCGGGACGCGGGCGUUACAGUCCACCAAGUCAAGGGCAGCAUUAGACACGACGAGGGAGAUCUCGGACAGGCACCUGAGCAGGAUGAUGAACUCCUAGAUGAGCAUAUAUCAGGAGACGACCACGAUACAGGACCGAAAACGGACUGGCGGAUCCCAAUACGCGAGUACAUCUUGAACGGAACCGUUCCCGCGGAUCGAUGGCAAGCGCGAAAGCUCAAAGCGCAAAGUGCGCGGUUCUGCAUCAUCGGCGAAGAGCUAUAUAAGCGAUGCAUUGCCGGUCCAUACCUCAGAUGCGUUCACGGGGAAGAGACCGAAAGCAUCAUGGAAGAGGCUCACGAGGGACCCUACGGAAAUCAUUCUGGAGGUCGAUCGCUAGCUCUCAGGAUAAAACAGCAAGGGUACUUCUGGCCGACCAUGCUCGCAGACUGCGACGCGCAUGGCAAAAGUUGGGACAAAUGUCAACGCCAUGCACCCAUGACCAAUCAGCCCGCCGAGCUGAGAAAAUCGGUCUCCUCCCCUUAUCUUUUCAUGCGAUGGUCGAUGGAUGCCAUCAGCUCCCUAGAGCAGUCGGGAAGACGACGCGUGAAACACCUACUGGUCGUAACUGACUAUUUUACCAAGUGGAUUGAAGCGGAAUCCUAUCAAUCAAUUACUCGGGAUCAUGUGAAAGAUUUCCUUUGGAAAAACGUGGUAUGUUUUCACUGCAUCCCUUACGAGAUCGUAACAGAUAACGGAACCAAUUUGAUUUCAUCUGUAGUGCAAAAAUUCUGCGACGACUGGGGCAUUCCGCUUACCCCGUACACACCCUGGUACCCUCAGGGGAAUGGGCAGGCCGAGGCGGCCAACAAACUAAUCAUGGAUGGUCUUAAGCGACGGUUAGGCGCCGCAAAGUCCGGCUCGGAUGCUCAGCGGCCCGGAGUCCUAUGGGCCACCCGAACUACCCCACAUGGGAGCACAGGUGAAAUCGCUUUCUCCCAAGCCUACGGGAUCGAAGCCGUCGUACCGGCAGAAAUCUCCGUAGGUAGUAUCCGCUGA